ACGAAAUUUUUCUCUCCAAUGGAAAGAAAUUUAAAAAAAAAUAGUAGCAGACUGAAAUGUGAAGUGAAGUGAAGUGGAGAAGUGGUGCUUUUUCCCCCUUGAUAUAUAUGCCACAAAACACGACUGGCUUUACUUCUACACAAGCCAGUUACUUUCAGUUCACAAGCCAGACUUGGGACUAGUGCCGGCAAUGCAGGCAGGUUACUCAUUUCAAAUACCUUUUAUUGAACACUACGUUUAUGUAAUUGUGCCUUUUUUAGCGGUGGACGCAGGUUGUUUGGCUGGAGAUGGUUUGGUUUAUGAAAGCAAAUCUGGUCUCUACAAACGUGUAUAUCAGUUGAAAUCAGGAGAUAUCGUUCAUACAAUGUAUGGCGAGUCCGAAGUUAUUAUGAUUUCUGACAACUCAAACGAAAAAUACAGGUUAAUAUGUACACCUUCUAUAGAUUUGUUUACAACCAUCGAAACGGAAACUGGAUACACGAUUAGUUUAACACCACAUCAUCUGAUUCCCGUUUUCAAAAAUGGCAUUCCAACCUUUGUUCAUGCUGAUCGAGUUCAUCUGAAUGAUUUCGUUUACUCAAGUGAUGGCCUAAUCUCCUUGAAAAUGAAAGUCAAAGCUAUUAAACAUGAAAUCAAAGUCGGCUACUAUUCACCGAUUACUGCUGAUGGUACAAUACUUGUCAAUAAAAUUGUUGCAUCUGUGUAUGCACGUAUCAAUAACCAUCAUGUAGCUCAUUUUAGUAAUGCUCCAAUGAGAUGGUAUUAUCGAAUUAUGAAAUAUUUUAAAGUUGAUGAACCAUUUUAUACAAGUGCAAAUGGGCAAAAGCAUUGGACACAUGGCCUGUUAAUUCAACUAGGGAAAACAUUAAUACCACAGCUCUUUGUUUAA